AUGAAGCAGGCCGGCACGCCGUGCAUUCCAGUUUUGAUCCUCCUAUUCUUCUUCAGUCCAUUCUGCAGAUCCGAUGACCGGUUGUCGCCUGCAAAGCCGCUUUCCCCCGGCGACACGAUCGUCUCCAAGGGCGGGGACUUUGCGCUCGGCUUCUUCUCCCCGGACAGCUCCAACGCGAGCCUGUACCUUGGCAUAUGGUACCACAACAUGCCCGGCCGCACCAUCGUAUGGACCGCCAACCGCGACGAUCCAAUCGCUGCUGCUUCAUCUCCAACGCUCGCCAUCACCAACAGUUCUGACCUGGUGUUGUCGGACUCCCAAGGUCACACUCCUUGGGCCGUGAAGAGCGACAUCAAGGGCAGCAUGGGAGUUACUGCGGUGCUUCUUGACACGGGGAAUUUUGUGGUCCAGUCACCAAAUGACACGUCCAUUUGGCAGAGCUUUGAUCACCCUACCGACACACUCCUCCCAGGUAGGACCAUGUUGAGCAAGAAGGGCCAUGUGGUGUGGCGCAUUAUUGCUUCUAAGGGCCUCAAUGACCUGUCAACUGGAGUCUUUUCUAUGAGCCUUGAUCCUAGCUCAGACCUUCAGUUUUUCAUUUGGAACGGGACUAGGCCCUAUCGCCGCCGCAUCUUCAACGGUGAGAUGGCGGUUGGCACAUUAUACCAGAAUACUGUCUUGUAUGAAGCCAUUAUCAGGACAAGGGAUGGGUUCUACUAUGAUUUUAGAGUUUCUGGUGCCUCACAGUAUGCACAUCUUACUCUCGACUACAUGGGUGUGUUGACUCUGAGCUUGAACAACCGCUCGUCAUGGAGAACCAUCACCGCACCCCCAGCUAGCUGCAACAUCUACGCUUCAUGUGGCCCGUUCGGCUAUUGUGACUACACGGCGGCUGUCCCGACAUGUAGUUGCCUCGAUGGGUUUGAGCCCUCUGGUCCUAACUUUUCAAGCGGAUGUAGAAGAAUCCAAGAGCUGAAAUGCAGCAAGCAAAGUCAUUUCGUGACCUUAUCUAGGAUGAUGCUCCCCGACAAAUUUUUACGUGUCCACAACAGAAGCUUUGGCGAGUGCAUGACUGAGUGCAGCAACAAUUGCUUGUCUACAGCCUAUGCUUAUGCCAACUUUAGCACUAAUGAUGCUAUGGCUGACCAGUCAAGGUGCUUGGUUUGGACAAGGGAGCUUAUCGACACAGGAAAGUUUAGCGAGUAUGGCGAGAACCUGUACCUCCGGCUUGCCAACUCUCCUGGCACACAGAAGAAGAAGGAAAUACACAAGGGACCCAUGCUAGGAUACCUUAGCUCGUUCAGUGAAAUGGGCGGUGAACAUGUGGAGUUUCCUUUUUUUAGCUUCGAAGAUAUUGCUGCUGCAACGGAUAAUUUCUCUGAAUUUAACCAAAUUGGAAGCGGAGGUUUUGGUAAAGUUUACAAGGGAAUGUUGCAAGGUGACAAAGAAGUUGCUAUCAAAAGGCUUAGUAAGGGCUCUGCCCAAGGGAUAGAGGAGUUCAAAAAUGAAAUAAUUCUGAUUGCGAAAUUGCAACACAGAAAUCUUGUUAGACUUCUUGGUUGUUGUAUUUAUGGAGAUGAGAGGUUACUUAUCUAUGAAUACUUACCUAACAAAAGCUUGGACACAUUCCUUUUUGACGAUACAAAACAAUAUGAGCUUGAUUGGUCCAUACGCUUCAAAAUAAUUAAAGGGGUAGCGAGAGGGCUUCUUUACCUCCACCAAGAUUCAAGAUUAACUAUAAUUCACAGAGAUCUCAAACCAAGCAACAUCUUGAUGGAUUCUGAAAUGACUCCCAAAAUAUCAGACUUCGGUAUGGCGAGGAUCUUUGGUGGAAACAAACAAGAGGCAAGCACUACCCGGGUUGUGGGGACAUAUGGUUACAUGUCGCCUGAAUAUGUGAUGGGAGGUGCUUUUUCUGUAAAAUCGGAUACCUAUAGCUUCGGUGUUCUUCUCUUGGAGAUUGUAAGUGGCUUGAAGAUCACCUCGCCGCAACUCGUAAUGAACUUUGUCGGCCUUACAGCUUAUGCAUGGAGACUGUGGGAAGAUGGAAAAGCAACAGAACUGGUGCACCCUUCGGUUAUUGAGAGUUGUUCACUUGAUGAAGUUCUACGGUGUAUCCAUGUCGGACUCCUGUGCGUUCAAGACUGUCCGAAUGAUAGGCCUCUCAUGGCAUCAGUUACUUUUAUGUUGGAGAAUGAAAGUGCACUGCUCCCAGCACCAAAGCAGCCUGCAUAUUUUCCUCUACGAAGCCUUGAACCUGGAAAAAUAAGGGGAAAUUCUACGAAUGUAGUGAGUAUCACAACACUUGAGGGGCGUUAG